AACAAAAAAAGUUUCAGAGUAUUGUGCUGUACACAGAUUACGUUACCACACAUUCAAAACUCUCUUUGCCAGAGGCAGACUGGAGCAAACUACUGCUUUUAUUUCGGAUUUCUGUCCUGGCCUGUAUUUGCUACCAGGCUGUGGUUUAGGUUUGGUGAUCAUAACAGUCCCCCUGGAGCCUUUCAAGAUGUGUGAUGUAGAGGUAGUUUCCAGCUACACUCUCUCUCUGUACAGGCUUAGUAUAAUCUAUGUGGCAUGCCAUCAAGCACUUUAAAGAGUGGUGCUCCUAACAGGAGAAUUAGUUUUCUGCUAAUAAUGUAAUUUGAUUUCCCCCUAAAAGGAUAGUGGAUACCAUGCACUCCAUUGAGGUAGCUCUUAAGCAUUUGAGACCCUGCUGUGAUGAUGAUCUCAGACCUGGUUUGAUCUCUGUGAUCAAACAUUCGUUACCAGAGCCAACAAAUGUUAAGGAAGGUGGGGGAAGAGCAGGUACUGUAUCUCAUGAACCCCCUGUUCAGAUGGACCCAAAUUUAGAUCAGUGCCCAGAAGGCACAAUUUCAAGCCAAUCAAAGAAAUGCAAGGGGAACUAAAGAUGUCAGCCUUAUUCAUUUGAUUAAAAAAAAUUGUGCAAAUAAAAAUUAAAAAUUGCAAACUGCAAAAUCACAGUAAAAACAUAGUGUAGACUAGAAAGGAUGUGAGAUGUGAUUAACCUCUAGCCAUUAAUAUUUUCAAUUACUGUAUUUGCUAUUCAGGUAUAAAUUAAAUAGUGCAAUGGCAUCUAUUUGCACAAUGUAAAUGAAGUGUAAGAUUAAUGCGAUUAAAAAAUAAAUUAUUAAAGUAAAUAAUUGAGGCAGGAAACUGUACUGACAGUGGAUUACAAGAAAGGGAAUCUAAUUCAGGGAGUGGAACAGCGGAUAAGACAAAUUAGUGAACUGCUCUGAGGCUUUAUGCAGACAUAUAAACAAAAAGGAAUUCGGUAAAAUACUAAAAGCGUGCAUAGGAAUUCUAUCUGUGUGUUUGCGUUUCACUGUAUUCAGUCUUUAGCUGCUUGGUACAUCAUUUCAGAUAAAGAAGAGGUGCCUUAUUUAGGCAUUGAGGUGCACUGUGCCUUUAGAAACAGCCGUGGUAAGUGGGCGGUGCGAUACGCUGCUUACCAAAGGAGUAAACAGUAGCCUCUCUACCACGCACAGCUUAUUUUUGCAACCCCCACAGACAGGCCCAAUUCUAGUAAACUCCCUAUUUAUCCUAGUUUCCCCCCUUCUCCCCCCGUUGUCUGGCAGGGGCUUUUAACCCCGGCCCUAUUCCCUAUGCCUGAUCUUGCCCCUCUCCUUCGCCUGUGUCUACUAGCUGCGUGACUCUUUGGGCCGUGCAGUCUGGCUGCCCGCAGUGCAGAUUGCAUCCCACCUCUCCGGUUUGUCCCCGGUCCCCUUGUAACGCGGCUGUGGGAACAACAGGGACGUUGUAUAAUCCUAGUAAGGGCAGCACGCGGCCUUCAGCCGCAGAUGUUCGUGAGCAUGUUUCUCCCCACGAGCAUGCUCAGUAGCGCAAAGCUGCACAUUGCGUUGGGGAGCGACUGGGAUACACUUAGCCGCCGCCGCCUCAUCCAGCAUCUAUCGAUGUUCUCAGGGCUCCGGUCGCCAUUUUAGGGGGAGAGCAAGGGAGGCAGAAAGACAGGCUGGCACCCGCAAGGCAUUCCUUGCUCACAAUGUAUAGAACAAAAGUAAGCUUGAAAGAUCGUCAACAACUUUACAAACUGAUUAUUAGUCAAUUGCUGUAUGAUGGAUACAUAAACAUUGCCAAUGGCCUGAUAAAUGAGAUAAAACCACAAUCAGUCUGCGCACCCUCUGAACAACUGCUGCAUCUGAUUAAACUAGGAAUGGAGAAUGAUGACAGCGCAGUUCAGUAUGCAAUUGGACGCUCCGAUACAGUAGCUCCAGGAACAGGGAUUGACUUAGAAUUUGAUGCAGAUGUCCAGACUAUGUCCCCCGAGGCUUCUGAAUAUGAGACUUGUUACGUCACAUCUCAUAAAGGACCAUGUCGCGUAGCUACAUAUAGCAGAGAUGGGCAGUUAAUAGCUACAGGAUCUGCUGACGCCUCAAUAAAAAUUCUCGAUACAGAGAGAAUGUUGGCAAAAAGUGCUAUGCCCAUCGAGGUCAUGAUGAAUGAGACAGCACAACAGAAUAUGGAAAAUCAUCCUGUUAUUCGGACUCUGUAUGAUCAUGUGGAUGAGGUUACAUGUUUAGCUUUCCAUCCAACAGAACAGAUCCUGGCAUCUGGUUCAAGGGACUAUACACUUAAAUUGUUUGACUAUUCGAAACCUUCUGCUAAAAGAGCCUUCAAGUAUAUCCAGGAAGCAGAAAUGUUACGCUCCAUCUCUUUUCAUCCUUCUGGCGACUUCAUACUUGUUGGUACCCAGCACCCUACCUUACGGCUUUAUGAUAUCAACACGUUCCAGUGUUUUGUGUCUUGCAAUCCUCAAGAUCAACACACCGAUGCUAUAUGUUCAGUAAACUAUAAUACAAGUGCUAACAUGUAUGUGACAGGAAGCAAAGAUGGAUGCAUCAAAUUAUGGGAUGGAGUUUCAAAUCGAUGUAUCACUACUUUUGAGAAAGCACAUGAUGGAGCUGAAGUCUGUUCUGCCAUCUUUUCCAAAAAUUCAAAGUACAUCCUGUCAAGUGGAAAAGAUUCUGUAGCUAAACUAUGGGAGAUAUCCACAGGUCGAACACUGGUCAAAUAUACAGGAGCUGGUUUGAGUGGACGACAAGUACACAGAACACAGGCAGUCUUUAACCACACAGAGGACUAUGUGUUGCUUCCUGAUGAAAGGACCAUAAGUCUCUGCUGCUGGGACUCAAGAACGGCAGAACGGCGAAAUCUUCUGUCAUUGGGGCAUAACAGCAUUGUCCGGUGUAUUGUUCAUUCUCCUACCAAUCCUGGUUUCAUGACAUGCAGUGAUGACUACAGAGCUCGAUUUUGGUACCGAAGGUCAACCACAGACUAAAGACAGUUUAAUAAAACAGUGAUUACCUAGAUGAAUUAUACUAUCUUAUAUUAAGCGUACUGCCAACAGAUGCCUGAACAAGAGCCAUGCUGUGUCCGUAUUUAACUUUGUCAAACAUGGUGAGAAAAGUAUUGAAAUUCAGUUUUCCCUCACUCACUGACCUUAUUAGUGUGUGUGGCAUCAGUUGUGUAAGUAGUCUCAACCAUUAUUCUUGAAUACAAUUAAUCCUUCCUGCAGGGAUAGUUUUAAACUUGCUCUUACAUGUCUAAAUUUUCAGAAUGUUAGUAACUUAAGUGAAUCUUGCUCAAUCUGUGUAGAAUUUCUCCAUUACGUCUGUGCAAACAUAUUAAAGAAUUUUUUUUAAGACUGGAUUGCACAAAUUCUCAGCAGAACUUGUCCAGAUAUUUUAAAGAAGCAUUAAGUUGUAUUUCAGUUUUGAUACAUGCACUGUGCAGUGAAAGCUCUGGUUUUGUAUCUUUUUUUUUUUUUUUUUUUUUUUUAAAUAUGCCAAGUGGUCCUCCAGCUCUGAGCCAGAAUUUUGUGCCAUAAGAAUUUGAACAUCCAAUUUUAAAAGGUUUAGAUGAAUUCAACAGAUGAUGAUGAUGAUGAUGUUUUAGUUCUGAUAUUAAAGCUCUCAGACUUGAAAUCUG